CCGUCAAAUCUAACCAUGGACGCCACCCAACCCGUCAAUCCCCCGACGGAACCCGCCUCCGUCAAUGACGUCGUCGCUUCCAAUCCCACAACCGAAAUUCCGCCGCCGUCAUUGCCCUCCGUCACCGCCACCGCCACAAAUCGGAAGAACACAAAGAAAAAGAGGAGGCCGGCGACUCCGGAGCUCCCCGACUCGCAUUCGCCGACGGCAUCGUCGUCUUCGGCUUGUUUGAGUGCGACGUCGUUUGCUGGUUCCAAGCAACGAGGGUUUAGGGUCUUCAACGGUCGCCGGAACCCUAGAGCGCUCACUGCGGCCGCCAGGCAUAGGGCUGGCGAUGUUGAUGCCGUCGCUCUCCAUCUUGGCAUGUCUAUUGCAGCUGUAUUUGCUCAGGUGUUGGAAAGGAAAGAUGCAGCCAUAGAAAAUAAUAUGUCAGUGGAUCAUCUCUCUACGAUUUGCACUUUGGCUGUUCGGGAAUCUUUGGCUAAUGCUUUUGGGGAUCAGUUUGAGUCUUUUGUGAGGAACUUUGAGAAAUCAUUUAGGAGUACGUUGAUGACUCUGAGAUUAGUGAAUGAGUCAUCUAUGAAGAAUGGGCUAGAGCACCAAAAACCUGCAAACAGAGGGACUUCUAUCUCAGAGGUGAAUUUGCAUUUUAAGGAUGGAUUAGAAGACCCUGCGUGUGAGUCUUCUAUAAAAAAUGGAGUAGAGCACCAAAAACCAACAAUUGGAGGAUCUUCUAUCUUAGAGGUGGAUAUGCAAUCACCGUGCAUAUUAGAAGACUCUGGACGCUAUCCUGAUCUAAGUGAGUUCAACUUGGAGCCAGCUUUGCAGAGUAUUACUUCCAAUCAUCAAAUAAGCAAUCAAGAUGAACUAAACGAAAAUAUGUUGGUGGAAUCAAUGAAUCAGCUUACCCUUCAUGACAGAGAAACAAUAAAGCAGUUAGCGUGUGUUUCUUCAAACACGUCUUGCUCUGCAAUUACUAAUACCAAGCGUAACACAUUUGAAAAGGCUGUUGUGGAGCAGGCUAGAUCUAAUGAUCUUAAGACAUUUGAGAUUGGUCUUAUGAUCAAAAAGUUGCAACUUAAAGAAAGACAGCUAGCUGUUAACUCUCAAUCUAAUAUUUUGGAGAGAUGGAAAUUAUCUUUGGGUGUAUCUAGGGCAUCCUUCAAAGCCGAGAAGUUUAAGAAUCAAUUAGAAGAUGCAAAACAUACUGAGCUGCUCAAAACCUGUAUUGACUGUCUUGUUGCCGGUCUUUUCAUUAUGGUGGGAUGCCUUGGAUAUGGAACGUAUGUGUAUUCUCACCAAAGAAUUACUGAAGCUACUGCAGCCUGCACACCUUCCACUGAAUCUAAGUCUUGGUGGAUGCCAAAGUCGAUGCUAUCUGUCAAUUCUGGACUGCAGACUCUGAAGUGCCAAGUUCAAGUUCUAUCUCGGAUGCUAUUUGGUGUACUAAUGAUCCUGGCAGUUGCUUAUUUGCUUUUCCAGCGUUCAGCCACUUCACAUCACGCAAUGCCUGUUACUUUCAUACUGUUAUUACUAGGAGCACUGUGUGGUCUUGCUGGAAAGCUUUGCGUCGAUACACUGGGAGGCAGCGGAUAUCAUUGGCUAUUGUAUUGGGAGGUGUUAUGCUUAUUGCAUUUCUUUUCAAACUUCUUUAUUUCAACUUUGUGUAUUAUUCUCGUCGGGCCUGUCACUGCACCAGAAAAGACGGGAACUUGUCAAAUUAUCGUUCCGUACUGGAUGAGGAGAGUUGUCUUCUACUCCACAAUGCUCCUGUUUCUCCCGCUGCUGUGCGGUUUGAUACCUUUCGCUGGGCCCCGGGAAUGGAAAGAUCACUUUUCUUCACUGGCCGUCGAAUACUUCUGGGGAACAGAUUAUUAUUAGUUAAAACCAUCUUCAGAGGAGUAAGAGCCUCCAUUCAUAAUCUCAUGGUUUUGGAAGAACUGUGAGAAAUAAGUAUGAAGUUUAUCAUCUUUGUGGUAUGCAUGUAAGUAUAGUGUUUGUAAUAAGCCUAGCUAGCUAGCUGCCUUAGUGUCAACCUUGUUCUGAGUUAAUGGAUUUUCAGGCUUUUGAAGAAUCAAGCUGAGUUGUAAAGUUUUAUAAAUUAUUUUGGAACAAGCAUUUUGCUCAUAUGACCACAUUUUUUUUUUUU